AUCUCGGAAAUUUCCACCUAACAGUUUAGCUCUGCUAUCGGUUGCUGGUAGUCCUAUAUUUUUCCCCCAUAAUGUCUCGCGCGACAAGGGCAUUUAAAGUGCUGAUUUCACAUCCAAAUGUCCCUGCACCGGCUUUGGAACUGCUUCGAUCCCGUGGAGCGGAGACCAUCAUCUGCCAGAGUGUGCCGCCCUCGAGGGAGGAGAUUCUGCAAAAGGUGCCCGGAGUGGAUGCCAUCUAUUGGGCGCACUAUCAGCCACUGAAUGCUGGAAUCCUCGAUGCUGCUGGUUCCCAGCUGCGUUGCGUGAGCACCAUGUCCUCCGGUAUCGAUUUUGUGGAUAUUCCCGAGUUCCAAAAGAGGAGCAUCCCCUUGGGCCACACACCCGGGGUGGUGAAAAAUUCGGUGGCCGAUCUUGCCAUUGGUUUGAUGAUUGCAGCCGGUCGUCACUUUCACGCCGGGCGCACCGAAAUUGAGAGGUCCCAGUGGAAAAUCGAGCAGAUUAACUGGAUGAUGGGUCAGGAGAUUCGCGAUUCAGUCAUCGGUUUCUUUGGUUUUGGCGGUAUUAGUCAAGCCAUCGCCAAGCGAUUGCAGUGCUGGGAUGUGGCCAAGAUCAUCUACCAUACACGCACCCGAAAGGAAAACGAUGGCGAUUUUAAGGCAGAGCACGUGUCCUUUGAGGAACUUUUACAAGAAAGUGACUUCCUGGUGGUAGCUGCUCCACUUACAAACGAAACCCGAGAGAAGUUCAAUGCAAAGGCCUUUGAACUGAUGAAGCCGAGCUCUGUGUUUGUCAAUGUGGCCAGAGGAGGUCUGGUAAAUCAAACUGACCUCCAUGACGCCUUGACAAGUGGUAGAAUUUUUGCCGCCGGCUUGGAUGUGACCACUCCAGAACCACUGCCCGCCAAUAGUCCUCUUCUCAAACUGCCGAAUUGUGUUAUCCUUCCCCAUAUGGGCACACAGACAAUGAAGACUACUAUUGAAAUGAGUUUGCUUGCUGCCAAUAAUAUUUUGAAUGCCAUCGAAGGGCAGCCCAUGAUAAAGCCUGCCUACUGAGAAGAUGUAAAAUAUGAAUAAAAGAUACUCUUCUGUUUCCAGUAUACUCGUAUACUGGGAUCAGAAACCAACUAUACUCGUAUAUUAAACCAAUAAGUGUCGAACGUA